ACUACUUGUCACACACUAUUAGCUAAGCUAGUGAUAAUAUAGUUAGAAAUGGAGCACACCUAUAAACUUCUUACCUAUGUUACCUUGUUUUGCUUCUUGUUCAUAAGCCCUCCUCUUGUCUCCUCUCAGCUUAAUUAUAGGUUCUAUGAUUCCUCUUGUCCCAACUUGAGCAAGAUUGUUCAACAAGGCGUUUGGUCAGCUAUUGCAAACGAUUCUAGGAUUGCAGCCUCACUCUUGCGGCUUCACUUCCAUGAUUGCUUUGUUAAUGGAUGUGAUGCAUCUGUGUUACUUGAUGAUACUAGCACUCUUAAGGGGGAGAAAAAUGCAUUUCCCAACAAAGAUUCAGCGAGAGGCUUUGAGGUGAUUGACAAAAUCAAGUCAAAUUUGGAGGAAGCUUGCCCAUCCACUGUUUCUUGUACUGAUAUACUCACCCUUGCAGCAACUUCAGCUGUUUACUUUAGUGGAGGGCCAUUUUGGCCUGUAGCCCUGGGUCGCCGAGACGGCACUACCGCAAGUGAAGAUGCAGCUAAUGAUGAUCUGCCAUCACCAUUUGAGCCCUUGGAAAACAUCACUGCAAAGUUCACAGCCAAAGGCCUUAACAUAAAGGAUGUUGUUGUCCUCUCAGGUGCACACACUAUUGGCUUUGCUCAAUGCUUCACAUUCAAGCCAAGACUAUUCAACUUUGAUGACUCUGGCAAACCAGACCCAACAUUAGAGACAUCAUUUCUUACAAAUCUACAAAGCGUGUGCCCAAAUCAAGCUGACUCUGACACCAAACUGGCUCCACUGGAUCCUGUCACUUCAACCAAGUUUGAUAAUGUUUACUUCAAAAGACUGGUGAACAAUUCUGGGCUUCUCCAGUCGGACCAGGUCCUUAUGGGGGACAAUAGGACUGCUUCAAUGGUUAUCGGCUAUAGCAGAUUUCCUUAUCUGUUUAACAAGGACUUUGGAGAAUCCAUGGUGAAGAUGGCAAAUAUAGGUGUGCUCACUGGACAAAGUGGUCAAAUCAGGAAGAAUUGUAGGGUUGUGAACUAGAGAAAAGAACUUUGUUUAGCUAACUAUGGGGUGGAUCAUGAGGGGCAUUAUUGGUGGGACUCUUGCCCUCCUUGUGCUUCGGCUGCCUUUGUUCACAAUCUGCAAGGUUUACCGAAUUUCCGUAUUAACUAAUUCUGUGGUGCUUGAUAGACUUCAUGAAAAUGUGGGCUUGGGUUAUGGUGGUUUCUGCUGCAUGGUUGCUGAUGAACUAUAGGUGUGUUCCAUAUAUGUGGUUGCUGCGUGGUCACAUAAAUAUGCAUGGUUACUGCAUGUCCUUCUAUCCAUCAGUUUGUAACUAUUGCUUAGUGCUCACUUUGAGUACUUUACUUCAUUUUGUUCUCAGAGAGGUUUUGGUUCAUGUCCCCCUCUCUCUUCUUGUAUUUUCUUUUCUUUUAUUAAUAACAUAAAAUAGAGGGAUAGGCGGUGGGUUCCCGGUUGUGAUGACCCCCUUUC